CGUAAUUCGGCCAUAGCCCGACGAGACUCUGUUCUGAACGACGACAACAUUCAACGAAUCGAAAUGUCAUAGCCUCGAACGUUCUUUAGCUAGUUUUCACUCAGAGUCAGAUCCCGAGGACCGGUCAAGCCGGGCUCCCACACAACAAACAUCAAAAUGUUCACAAGGCGCAUCACCACCACUUCAUGAAUUUUGAGAGCCUAUAAGUAUCCUGGUGCGGAUGAAAUGUUGAACUUGCCCUCCCGUGCCUCCAUCUUGACGUGACAAGUUCCAAGCAUGAUUGUGCCAUCAAUCUUCGCCCUUGCUGCCCUUGCCAGGACUGCAUCAGCAGCAGUCACAUCGACAGCUUUCACUACCCCAGCUCCUGCACCAACUUCUGAAUCAUCCUUCUAUGUCGGUCCUGCAAACAACACCAUUACCAACACGCCCGUCGUUUCCGGAAAGGUGUUUGACCGCUUCAUUCAGAUCUGGUUGGAGAAUACGGACUUUGCUUCGGCAGCCUCUCAGCCAGUCUUCCAGACCCUCGCUGCGCAGGGCAUCACCUUGACCGGGUACUACGGCGUAACCCAUCCAAGUGAACCAAACUACCUCGCCGCCGUUGGUGGCGACUUCUUCGGUCUGCCAGGUGACCUCUUGGAGUACAUUCCCACCAACAUAUCCACUGUUGUGGACUUGCUCGAUCAGAAGAACAUUAGCUGGGCUACUUAUCAGGAAAAUAUGCCCACGGAUGGCUAUGAACCAUACAACUUUACCAAUUCUGACGGUUACACCUACUACGUGCGCAAGCACAACCCAUUGGUCAUCUACGAAUCCGUAGCGAACAUCAGUACCAGAUCGGCGCGUAUUAGGAACUUCAACGACUUUGCUGUCGAUGUUGGUAACAAUUCGCUUUCUCAGUGGAUUUUCAUCACCCCGAACCUCCGCGAUGACGCUCACGAUACUAGUGUUGCAUAUGCUGCUGCCUGGCUCAACUAUUGGCUCUUACCCUUGCUCAACGACACGAACUUCAACACCAAUUCAACGCUCAUCUUGCUCACCUUCGACGAAAACGAGACCUAUACGAUUGAUAACAACGUAUACAGCCUCCUCCUGGGUGGAGUCAUCCCCGAGGCCAUGAAGAAUACCACCGAUCCAACGUUCUAUACACAUUACUCGACACUUUCAACUGUCGAGAACAACUGGGACCUCGGUAACCUCGGUCGUGGGGACACCAACAAGACGUUGGCCAAUGUUUUCAACUUCGUUGCUGCGUCCACCUCAUAUCAGAACAACAACCUCACAGGUUCCUCUACCGACCUUCCCCAGCUCAACAUCACUGGGACCAUCCCAGGACCGUUGAACGUUGACUACUACGUCCCCUAUUUAGCACCCAACACGAACGGUACUGGCGGUGGUAGUGGACCGACCUUUGUUGCUCCUAACGUCAACAUGUCGCUGAACUCGGCCGAUGCUCCCGCACCAGUCAAUAUAUCUGCAGCUACAACCACUAGCUCUGCUGCUGGUUUGACGAGCAAUGCAGGCAGCAUGAUUGCUGCAGUCGCUGUUGCUGCAGUCGCGGCAAUGCUACUCUAGUGGACGUAGCUAUGUAGUGUUGCAGUAAAGUUUAUCCCAUAUUGUUAUAUCCGUUUUUUUGGUGUGGGUGGCAGAGUGCGUCGGGCAAA